AAUGACCUCACUGCCGGUGGACAAACCGCACGCUAUGAAAGUCAGCCGCAGAAUGCAAAUCAUCAUACUCUACGGAGCUUCUAUAUGCCCACCAUCCCAAAGGCAAUGCCGUCUCGAACAAACCUAUCAAAGAUGACUGGCUGUAAAGCCUGCGGCCUGAACUACACAGGGGCUGCCAAGGUGUGCCAGUGCGUGAAGAGGGAUAGCCAGAACUUCCACCAGGCCGGUGGCCAGCAAUACGGCACCUCGCUAGGACAAUCUGCUCCCAAGAGGCUCAAGGUCGCCCCUGACGAGCAUGGAAAAGCUCCGGGGGAGCAGGGCAUUCCGUAA